GUCAUCAAUCAAAUCAAACAGGUCUGAAAUCGAAAAAUUGAAUUCUGUUUCUAUCUGAAGUUUCAGUUCUUUUUAUUUAAUAUUUAGGCGGUCAAAUUAUAAUUUUUCUAAAUUUUAACGUGUAAUAUAAAGAUACAAAUAAAUGUCUGGAUUUAAUGUUCCCGGUUCAGCUCCAGCAGGAAGCGCAUUCAGCUUCGGAACCACACCAAAUACUCAACAACAGAAUACCUCAGCCGUUGCAAACCAAACUCCUGCAUUCGGAGCUAUUUCUUUAGGACAAAGUGCUCCAGCGGCUGGAGCAUUCAGUUUUGGAGCCCCAGCUGUUUCUUCUGCACCAGCUCAAGCUCAGGGAACCACAUCGUUUUCAUUCGGUGCGCCUGCCGCAUCGACAGCUCUUGCUGCUCCGGCAGCAACAUCAAGUUUUGGCUUUGGUGCUGCUCCAACCUCACAGCCAGCUCAAGCGGCAGCCGCACCAACAUUUAGUUUUGGAAAUCCCAGCACGAAUGCUGCAACUUCAGUAAGUCUUGCCCAACCCUUAGCAUCAACAAAUGCUACUCAAGCCGGCGGCACAUCGUUUUCGUUUGCUGCAAAACCAGCUACAACAUCUGCCAGUCUUAAUUUUGGAACAACUACAACUGCAGCCACCCCAUUCACUGGAUUUAACACAGCCGGAAAAGGUUUGGGCACCACCAACGUUGGUGUUUUUGGAACUAAACCCACAUUCAAUACCCUUAACACUUCUCUACCAGCCACAUCAACAGCAACAGCUGCAGCACCAUUUGUCGGCCUCGGUGGCUUAGAUGUUGCUUCGUCUCAGCCUAAAUCAGGGGAAUCGAAACAGGACAACGUCAAAGUAAAGGAAACAUUAGUUCCGGAGGAAAUCGCCAAGACCGUUGAAGUCCUCAAAGCCCACAUAAAAAACCAGAAAAGCCUCAGCUCCGACAUCGGCCGUGCCUCCACCAGUAAGCUCUCGAACGUCUCCAGUGAGAUUCUGUCCUUUCAAUGGUCACUUCAAGAAAUCUCCAAUACCGUCGAGACAAACUACAGCCAAAUUAAGCUCUUGCGCAAAGAAACCUCCCGUGUUAUGCAAACUGCAGAAAUGGCUCAACGUACCCAAGACACCCCAGCUGGCCUGCAGUUCGAGAACUCCGCGCCCUUUCAACUUUUCCAAAACCUCGUCCAGAAAUACGAAACUGAUUUGAUUAAUUUUCGCCACCAAAUUGCUCUCACAGAAAAGCACAUGCGUUCGUUGACCACUCCACAAGCUGUUUGUCCCGACGACAUAAAACGAGGAUUCAAACAAAUAAACGAAAGUUUCGUCUCCCUCGCUGGCCGGCUCAACGAACUCCAUCAAAAAGUCGAAGCACACAAGGAACAAUUCCUCAAUUUAAGAAAGUACCGCCUUCGUGACUCGUCGAAUGUAUUCGCAAAGCUUGAUACCGUCGACGCCGAUAUGAAUACCUCAAAAAUCACAUCUGGACCGACACCGUUUUCGAACAUGGGUGGCAUUAGUGCUCUGGGCAAGACCAUGUCUAGCAUGGGAGCAUCAGCAGCUGGCCAAACUGGUAAAACUUAAUACACCAACAACAACAACAAAACUAUCAACUAGUUUUUUAAAAUUUAUUUUGAAACAUAAUAAAAAGAUCCAUUGUUUUUCAGUAA